CAAUUUUUCAAGUAAAUAUGGGCAAAUCAAUGCAAUCGAAAGUACAAGGGAUAAAGUGAAAUUUACCCUAUGCGCCAUUUUUUUGACAUUAAAAAAAGAAAAAAGAAAACCAUAAACCAAUUACAACCUGUAUCUUCUUAUACAGUUACAGUAGUCCUUCAUCUCCAAAGUUUGGUAACAAAAAUGGCAGCAAACCGAGCGCAUGCAGUUAUGGUUUCUUUCUUAUUUCAAGGGCAUAUAACCCCAUUCAUCCAUCUCGCCAUAAAACUUGCUUCCAAGGGUUGCACUGUCACCUUCGUCCAAACGGAGUUCCUCCACCACCGCAUCUCCACCGCCGCCGCCGGUGAUGAUGAAGAGCGCGAGAUCCCGGAAAUAAUCUUGGGAGCACGUGAAUCGGGCCUGGACAUACGCUACGCCACAAUUUCCGACGGCUUCCCACUGAAAUUCGACCGAGAAGCCAACUUUGAAGAGUUCUGGGGGUCCAUCCUGCGUGAUUUUCCGGGCCGUGUGGACGAGUUUCUGGGUCGGAUCACGGCGGCGGAAAAUUGUGACGGUGGAGUACCGCCCAGUUUCUUGGUUGCUGAUACGACGUAUCUUUGGGCUUCUGAAAUCGCCCACAAGUAUAACAUGUUUUCCGUCUCCUUUUGGACGGAAGCUGCUCUCGCUUUCUCCGUUGGUUAUCAUUUGGACCUCCUCAAACUCAACGCCCAUUUCCCCAUUGUCAAUAACGGUGAGAAAUUAAAUCUCUCUCUCUCUCUCUAG